AUGGAUAGCAAAGAUAUCAUCAAUCCCAUCAACGGGACUUUUCUCCCUCAUCUCUUACUACCCCUGAGUCAACUUCUGGCAUUGACUUUACCACCGUUCAAACUGCGGAAACACAUUUUUGUCCCUAUCAUUGCUGGCCUCCUGGGUGCCACAUACACUACACACUUUGCCAAUACAGCCGCAGGGCGCGCACUUGCUGGUGCUCACUGGACUGUUGCUCUCGGGACCUUGGAGAAACUUCUCUUUGGAGUCCCAGAAAAAGACUAUUGGCGUAAUGGUAAGCCUCGUCAAGAGGCUAUGGCCAUGUCCUUUGGUUUCGCAAAAUUCCGUUGGGCCCUGUCGCUACUCGCGACCCAGCGAGGCAUUGGCUGGAAUUUCCAAGUUAAGGGUGUUCCCUCGAUGAAAGCACCUGAGAGCAAAUGGCCUUUCUUGGCAUAUCAGUUUCAGAAAUGGGCCAAGAGCUACAUCCUUUCUGACUUGCUCUACACGUAUUUUGACACAUAUCACCACUAUGAAGGAAUUAACAUGGCCUUCAUGGAUCUCAGAGCCCGCACAUGGUCAGGUUCUUUUCUUAAUGCCUUUUGCGCUGGAGCCAAAUUGUACUUCCCCAUUCAAAUGCACUAUUGUUUUGCCUCAAUUGUCUCUGUGUUAUUGGGCAUCUGUGAGCCAAAGGCGAGUUCUCCUGAUGAUUGCCGUUGA